AUGAGGGACAACUUUGGGGACAACCAUGCGACUCAGGAUCACAGUAUUUACAACGUGAGACCCAGGAGGACAAGCUGAAGAGGGAGGCAUCAGCUGGUGAGCUUGAGUUGAAGAUGGAAAAAGAAUUAAAAGAGAUAUUAAGACAGAAGAUGAUGAAACAACUAAAGGAGAAAGACACACAACUGGAUGAUAUGACCCAGGAAGUGAGAGAGAAAGAGAGACUCCUGGAUGAUAUGACCCAGGAAGUGAGAGAGAAAGAGAGACUCCUGGAGGAGAAGAACCAGAUAAUGGAACAGAGGGACAAACUAUUAGAAGAGAAAGACAAGCAACUAAAGGAUAGAGACAUUCAACUAGAGGACAGAGACCACAGACUGGGAGAGAAGGACAAACAACUAAAGGAUAGAGACAUUCAACUAGAGGACAGAGACCACAGACUGGGAGAGAAGGACAAGCAACUAAAGGAUAGAGACAUUCAACUAGAGUCUCUGAGAAAGAACCUGCAGGACAAGAACAGCCAAGUAGAGAACUUCAGAGUCCGUCUGCAGGAACAAGACCUUCAACUAGAGGACAGGAACCACAGACUGGGAGAGAAGGACAAACUACUGGAAGAGAGAGACAAACUACUGGAAGAGAGAGACAAACAACUGGAAGAGAGAGACAAACUACUGGAAGAGAGAGACAAACUACUGGAAGAGAGAGACAAACAACUGGAAGAGAGAGACAAAGUACUGGAAGAGAAGGACAAGCAACUAAAGGAUAGAGACAUUCAACUAGAGGACAGAGACCACAGACUGGGAGAGAAGGACAAACUACUGGAAGAGAGAGACAAACUACUGGAAGAGAGAGACAAACUACUGGAAGAGAAAGACAAACUACUGGAAGAGAGAGACAGACGACUGGAAGAGAGAGACAAACAACUGGAAGAGAGAGACAAAGUACUGGAGGGAAAAGAAAACGAACUAAGGGAGAGGAGACAGGAACUAAAAGAGAGAAGACAGGAAGUAGAAGAGAGGAGACAGGAACUAAAAGAGAGAAGACAGGAAGUAGAAGAGAGGAGACAGGAAGUAGAAGAGAAAGACAACCUACUAGAGGAGAGAGAGAACCAGUUAAAGGAGAGAGACAAACAGGUGGAGGGUGUCAACAAUGAAAAUGCUGAACUGGCUCAACAGAUAUGUGAUGUGAAGACUGAGGUAGAGAGACUGAGAAGAGAGAUCUCAGCCCAGAUGACUGAACAUGGAGAGACGUCAGAUACAGGUUCCAUCCUCCCAGUCAGGAGGAGAAACAGCAUGGAGUUUCCUCUAAACAUGAGAGGAGAGACCUCAGAUACAGACCCCACACUUCCACUGAGGAGGACAAACAGCAUGGAGUUAAUUCCUCCAGAUAUGGAAGGAGAGAGCAGCAGUCCAGAUUCCCCAGUGUCUCCCAGUGUGUCUGAGCUGAGACUGGUGCUGCUGGGGAGGACUGGGGCUGGGAGGAGUGCAGCAGGAAACACCAUCCUGGGCAGAGAGGAGUUUGGGGCCCAGGCCAGCCCCUCUGCAGUGACCCAGAGGAGUAAGAGGAGAGAGGGGGACGUGUGUGGGAGACGGCUGGUGCUGGUGGACACUCCAGACUGGUUCUGUCCUGGACUCUCUCUGGAGGAGAUGAGACAGGAUGUGGGGCUCUGUGUCCGUCUGUCUGCCCCGGGACCCCACGCCUUCCUCCUGGUCAUACCAGUGGAGCCCUCUAAGGGGGAGGAGAGAGGGGUGCUGGAGAGAAUGGAGGAGAUGUUUGGGGAGGGUUGUUGGGGACACACUGUGAUUCUAUUCACCCAUGAUGAUGGACUGAAAGAGCAGAGUAUUGAAGAUUUUCUCCAAGCAGGAAGUCAGGACCUCCAGCAGCUUGUAGAGAAAAGUGGGAGCAGGGGCCACGUCCUCAACAUUAAGGACAGGGCCCAUGGCACUCAGGUAUCAGAGCUGCUGGAUCAGGUAGAGGAGAUGGUGGCAGGAAACAGAGAGAGAUUCUACAGCAGUCAGACCUACCAGGAGGCAGAGGACCAGGUUAGAGAGAUGGAGGGAAAGAUCCAGAGAGAGAGAGGAGAGAGGAAACAGAGGGAGGAGAGAGACUUGAGAGAGAGGCUUCAGAAGGAGUUGCAGGACUCUCUGAUAAAGAUAGAGGGAGUGAUCCAGGAACAUGAGGGAGAUAUCAGAACACUCAGUGAAAGAACCAGUGAACUGGAGAGACAGGUGAAAGAAGAGAGGGAUGAGGAGAAGAAAAGAGAGCUGGAGAGGGAGCUGAAGAGGGAGUCUGAUAGGAGGGAGGAGAUGAUGGAGAACUAUGAAGGAGAGGCCAGAGUUGAAGCAGAGAGAAACCUGAUGAAGAUAGUCCUGCCUGAGUUACAGAGGAACAUCAUGAUCUCACAGACAAAUAUGGAGAGGGAGUUCAGCAGACAGAUGAAAGGGAAGAAUAUAGAGAUGGGGAGACUAAGACAGAACUUGAAAGAAGUCAUGGAAGCUCACUCAGUGUUGCAGAAGAGACUGGAACGAGAGGGGAGAGGUCAGAGGGCACUGAUAGGGUUGUUGGGCUGGGUCAGGAGAAACUCAUCAAGUUGGCUUCUCCACAAUCUGAUAUGAUUCACCAUCACCGUCUAUGAUGAUGAACCAGACCAGGUCUACUGUCCACUGUACCGUGGGGGGUGAUCAUGGAUCAUGGUGGUCAUGGGGAAAACAGGACAGAAUAAUGUCUGGUCCAGUCUACAGUGUCAAGAGAAGGAGGGGAGGGAGGUCUGUAAAGAUCUUGAUGAGACGUAAAACAGAAUUCCAAUCCAACGUAGAUUAUUGACCUUUGCACUGCAGACCUUUAGAAUGGAGAGGGUUGUGGGGGGUCAGGAGGUCAGCGGGCGGAGUCAGAGACUGAGAACUCUAAAGAUCUGAGUGAGACUUUUACCCAGUGUUUGAGGAGGUCUACUAUUGAACAGAGAACCAUACUGUAUUUACCACACACUACUUCCUGUUCUUAUUCAAAUCGUUUCAUGUUGAAACUUUAAAUAUACACUGAGUGCACAAAACAUUAAGAAAACCUUCCUAAAGUUGAGUUACAAUCUAUCCCAAUGGAACUCUGUUACCACAUGAGACUGACAUUGUUGAAAUAAAAUGUCACUUUGUAAGACA